AAUCUACCUAUAUAAAUCAGUAAAACUUGACAAAUGAUGUCCAGUACGAUUAAUCAUAAGUUAUUUUAUAAUACUGUUCUGUCACAAACAUUUUCCCCAGAUGGAAAUUAUUUACUGGCUGGAAAUAUUUACGGAGAUGUUUCAGUUUUCGAGUUAUCAAAAGCUCUAGGUCCUCGUAAAGCAGAAGAAAAUGAGUUACAAGGACCCAAUUAUCGCUUCACUGCUCAUCCUGACCAACAGGUAGAGAGUAUGGUUUCGACAGAUAAUUUUUUGGUGACAGGAACAUCUGGGGAAGUAUGCGGAUGGGAUUGGAAAAUAGUUACCUCUAGCAAAGCACCAAAAAGUAAAGUUUCAUGGACUGUACAGAUGCCAGUUAAUAAAGACAGCUAUGAAAAACCAGACGUGAAUUACAUGGUAUACUCCAAAUCAAAUCAUCUUUUGUAUGUUGGAUGUGGUGAUAAUAAUAUUUAUGUAAUUACCUUAGAAGAUGGUAGAAUAGUCAGAAGUUUACAAGGACAUACAGACUAUAUCCAUUGUCUGUCAUUAAUGGGUAAUCAGUUAGCUUCCUGUGGGGAAGAUGGAACAGUAAGAUUAUGGGAUUUAAGAAAAAAAGAAAAUACUAAUAUAUUAACACCUUAUUUGGUAGAAAAGGUAGCCAGGCCAAGGUUAGGCAAGUGGAUUGGUGCUAUAGAUUUUACAGAUGACUGGUUGUUAUGUGGUGGUGGUCCGUCUUUAUCCUUGUGGCAUAUACGCACGAUGGAAGCAGCAACUGUGUUUCAUCUUUCAGACGAAGGGAUUCACGUAGCAAACAUUUACGAGGAACGUGUAAUUGCUGCGGGAGCAGCGCCUCACGUUUAUCACUUAACGUAUCAAGGAGAAACAUUGGCCAAAGUGCCAACUUCUAGUAACACCGUUUACAGUAUUAUUUACCAAGAAACUCCACAGAAAGUAAUGAGUAUAGCCGGCUGUUCGAAUAAUCUUGACGUUUGCACAAACUUUAACUAUCGUGAAUUAAUGUUAAAGUUUGCGUAAUAACAAAACAAACAUGUUUUCCAUGCGAUCUGUGGAAGAAAAACAAUCUCAUGGCGUUUAUAUAUUUUUAAAUAAAUAUAUUAAUACAAUAUGCAUUUUAUAAAA